AUGCCUUCGAACAAAAGCAACCUUGAAGACCCAACCGAAAGCACACAGCGACUGAAGACGUUUUCCCGAGGCAGCUUGGUGCUUUUGAUCGUGACGUUGCUGCUGGCAGGAGUCGUAGCGUGUGAUCUCGCGAUGGAGAUGAACAUCUUGUCCAGAACGUCGGAAUAUCUCCUGCUCAGCAACGCUACUCAGCCCGGCAACUACACUAACUCCACUACGACCAGCAUCGAUGCCUUAAACGCUUCGACUUGCAGUCCAAACACAGUCAACUUGAGCCAGGUCGAAUACCAUUCCAAUCACCGCUACUACACUCUCUUGAAAGAGACGAGGCUUCAACCACCAGUUUUCCGCGGCAACCACACUGCACUUUGCAGCAGCACCAAGUCGCUGGACGUUGGGUACGCAUACUGUCUACCAAUCUCUGGGCGUAAGGACUCACCGUUUUGUACCGGAGCGGAUCGAAUGGAUCUACUAACUCAACACACAUCUAAGACACAAUGCUACGCUAGUGUACUGCAUAUGCUACUUGUUGAAGUGUACGAGGAACUCUAUGCGUUCGGUAAAGCGCCAUUAGUCGUCUACGGGUCACUUCUCGGUGCUGUUCGCAACGGGUCCAUGAUUCCUUUUACUGAGGACACAGACAUCGCAUACAGUGGACAACUCAAUAGAGACGACGAAUUGGGCCGUGCUCUGGUGGCAAAAGGGUAUCACUUCUUCUUUCUCAACAUUUGGCGCGUUUGCGUGGCUCCGACUCACCCUCUUGCGGCUAUUUUGUACAAUCCAAGGCUACCGAUCGCCCGAGAUUAUGCAGUGCCGUAUCUUGAUCUCUAUGCAAUGGAGAAGUUGAAUGCGACUGAGUGGAGAUUGGAGAAAUAUGUUGACAAAGCACUAUCAGCCGAAAAAGUGGAGCCAUUCUCGCAAGUGACGAUCAAUGGACUACCAUUUGACACAGUGCACGACCCGAAUUAUUUCUUAAAGGAAUCGUACGGCGACGAUUAUAUGGUCCCGAAACCACGCAAGUGA